AUGUCCAUUUUGCCGACCACCCGUUCGACGCCUCGUCAGCCAAAUGGAAGCCCAUCACUCUCCGACCAGCAACAUCAUGAUUCAGGUAUGUACCAAGACGAGGCACUGAUGACCGCAAUCAGCGAAAUGCGCUCACUAGGCAUCCACUCACCCGAGCACCUCUCAUCACAACGCAAAUCGUCACCCUUGUCAUCUGAAAGAAUCACUGGAAGUCCUCAUGACCUCUCGCCACCACUUUUGCAGGAAGUGGCAUGCAUGAAUGUGAGAGAGAUUGCUUCCCGUCCUAACAUUGGCACUCUUGGACGACAGUUGGCCGUCCGUUCAAAUUUCUUCGAGAUUGGUCUUAGCAGCGAAAAAAUGAUGAUUGUUCAAUAUCACGUGGUUGUCCACCAUCCUGGAUCAAGAAAACUCGAUCGUGACGAAAACCGAGCAAUCUUCUGGCAAGCUGUCAACGAUCAUCCCCAAGUGUUCACCAAUCGAUUUGCCUUGGCCUAUGAUGGAGCUCAUCAACUUUAUGCACCGACACGGCUAGAGUUUCCUGAAGGACGUACUCAAUAUCGUUUCGAGACGGAAGUGUUGCUGGCCAAAGAUUCAAGGGGAACCCAUUGUGCAAUCACCGUUCAAUGCGUUGGACCAGUGAUGAUUGAGAUGCGACGCACGUGCACAAAGAACUUGGACGAGCGUGUGCUCACGCCAAUUCAAAUUAUCGAUAUUGUCUUCCGCCAAAGUCUCACCUGUCCAUUUAUCGACAAUUCACGCAACUUCUAUGCCUGGAAGUCUUCUUGCUAUCGCAUUCCGAUCAACGGUGGCCAAGCUUUAGAUUUGGAGGGUGGAAAAGAAAUGUGGACUGGCUUCUUCUCAUCGGCCCACGUCGCCUCCGGAUGGAAACCUCUGCUGAACAUUGAUGUGGCACAUACCGCUUUCUACAAAGCCAAGAUCUCGAUGGUGCAAUUCAUGUGCGAAGUGCUGAACGAGCGAGCUGGAGUGCAUACAGCAAGGGGACCUGGCGGGCCUCCAAUGGGACCUCGAGGAUUGCCGCCUGGACACCCUGCUUAUCGUGGAAUGCCAUUUGGACGCCCAGGUAUGCCACCAGGACCUCCUCCAGGAAUGGGUGGACGAUAUCCAAUGGGACCCGGAGGACCAUACGGGCCGCCUUCAUCACAACGACGCCCUGAUGAAUGUGCCGCACUUACGCCAGAAACGCUUUACCGUGAUUUUCAACUGUCAAGUCAUGAGCACAAGAUUCUUGCUGAGGCCGUCAAAGGAAUUAAGAUUCGCAUCUCUCACCGCCCUGGCGUUGUUCGUGUCUACCGUGUCAAUUCCCUUCAAAUGCCUGCUGAUCAAGUCACCUUCAAAAGCAAAGAUGAAAACGGAGUGGAAUGCAAAAUGACGGUGGCUGACUACUUUGGACAACGAUAUCGCCCAUUGAUGUUCCCGAAGCUACCAUGCCUUCACGUUGGACCACCACAACGAUACAUUUACUUCCCCCUUGAGGUUUGUACCCUGGAUACGCCCCAAAAAUACAACAAGAAACUCAGCGAGAAGCAAACGAGCAGCAUCAUUCGGGCGGCCGCAGUUGAUGCUCAACAACGUGAGCAACGUAUCUCGGCCCUUUGUGAACAAGCUGCCUUCCAUAAGGAUCCAUUCCUCAAAGAAUUUGGGCUUUCCAUUGUUCCAAAGAUGUUUGAAACCACCGCCCGAGUCUUGCAGCCACCAGCCAUCAUGUUCGGAGAUAACAAACGUACGAACCCAAUCGUUGUGCCAAAAGAUGGAGCUUGGUCAAUGGACAACCAAACACUUUUCUUACCAGCCUCUUGCAGCUCCUAUUCGAUGAUCGCUUUGGUGAACCCUCGAGACCAAGCCCUGCUUCAAACUUUUUGCCAAUCACUUCACAGCAAGGCUACUCAAAUGGGCAUGGAAUUCCCUCGUUGGCCAGAUCUUGUCAAGUACGGCCGUGGUCGUGACGAUGUUUCACUGCUCUUCAAGGAAAUUGCAACCGAAUACAAGCAGAUAGGAACAAACUGUGAUCUGGUGAUUGUCGUUUUGCCCGGAAAGAACUCGGAUAUCUACGCCACCGUGAAGGAGUGCUCGGAUAUGAUUUACGGAAUCAUGUCUCAAUGCUUGCUGCUGAAAAAUGUUCUCCGUCCAUCUCCAGCAACUUGUUCGAACAUUGUGCUCAAGAUCAACAUGAAGUUAGGAGGAAUCAACUCGAGACUUGUUGCCGACGCUAUCACUCACAAAUACCUUGUAGAUGUGCCAACUUUGGUCCUUGGUGUUGACGUUACCCAUCCCACACAAGCCGAGGAACGACUCAACAUUCCUUCAGUGGCUGCAAUUGUCGCCAAUCUUGACCUCUAUCCUCAAACUUAUGGAGCCAAUGUGAAAGUGCAGCGGAAAUGCCGUGAAUCGGUCGUUUACCUCCUCGAUGCCGUUCGUGAACGUCUUGUCUCAUUCUACAAGAACACACAUCAGAAGCCCGAGAGGAUCAUCGUUUACCGUGACGGAGUGAGUGAAGGACAAUUCGCUGAAGUGCUUCGAGAGGAGAUUCAAGGAAUCCGUUCAGCUUGCCUCACGCUUUCCAACGACUAUCGCCCACCCAUCACCUAUGUUGUUGUGCAAAAGCGCCAUCAUGCACGCUUGUUCUGCAAGUUUGGCAAGGAUACUGUUGGAAAGGCAAAGAACAUCCCGCCUGGCACCACUGUCGAUACAGGAAUUGUCUCUCCCGAAGGAUUUGACUUCUAUUUGUGCUCGCACUUUGGCAUUCAAGGAACAUCGCGCCCAGCCCAUUAUCUUGUGCUUUGGGAUGACAACAACUUUACUGCAGAUGAGAUGCAAGCGAUCACCUACAGCAUGUGCCACACUUAUGGCCGAUGUGCUCGUGCCGUGUCGAUCCCAGCCCCUGUGUAUUAUGCGGAUUUGGUGGCCACUCGUGCUCGUUUUCAUAUCAAACGCAAGCUUGGAGUGCAUGAUAACGAGAGUGUCUUGGAGACAGGAUCGGUAGUUUCAACUCUCUCAUCAUUGAUGAACAUCGGACGCAGACCAGGACAAGCAAAUCAGCGCCGCUCGGGGGUUGAUGGAGGUGAGCCACAGCAGCAGCCGGAAAUGAGCGGGGCUCGUCAAUCGAACAGUGAUGCGGCACUUCAAGACUGCGUGGCCGUCGCCGAGAAGUUCAAGUCGAGGAUGUACUUCGUC